AUGUCUUCUAGCGAGGAUGAUGACCCUAAUGUGAAUGUUAUCCCUAUGGAGAACUUUUCUAGCGAUGGAGAUAUGAGUACCUGGCCUGGGGGUAACUACAUUGAACGCCCUGAUAUUCGCUGGCGGCAGUUACUUGCUGAGAACUGGCUCAAAAGUAUGGGCACUUACGAAGAAGGUGUCAGUCAUAUCAUUGAAAAGCUACCAGAGGGAUACUGUCUAUUUCAGCGACCUCGUGGGACCGAUCCCAGCUUAUUUGAUCCCUUUCUCUUUGGCCAUCCGAGCGGUCAAUAUUUCCAAUCACAGAGAACUUUCUUCCCACAUUUCCUGUCUCUUGUCAAGAACGAGCUAGACAAGUGUAAAUGCAAGCCCUGUGAGAAGAUGAAGAAAGGCCAGGGUACCGCAGUUCAGGGAACUAGGCGUUCCGUGCAGCCAGUCACCAACGAGCGUCGCCCCACCGAUGCUGAGGGACCAGAUUACUGGCGAAUCCUGGUUAUGAAGCUGAAGGAUAAGGGGGAGUUGAAUGAAGAUAUUGAGCAGCGGUUCAAUCUCGACUGGGCAUUGACCCACGAAUGGCUUUCUGAUUACUUCACGAAACUCGUUCUAGAUCCGGGUUACGUCCCUCGUCGUGGUGAACUAGUUCUCUGGAUAUGGAAGGGUCUUGAGGACGGUUGCUUGAUGCGAAACCCCAAGUCUGGCCUCGUCGAAAUAUUCGGCAACGACAACAAGUGGCAUGGUGUGCCCAAUUGGCGUGCCGGCGUGGUGACUCAAACCCCAGAGGAUGAAGGUCAUAUGGUGAAUAUCAUUGAAACCCCGGACAGCCCACGCGGGCUAAGUUACUCGGGAUUCCGUGUGGAGACUCUCCCAGAUCCCCUGGGGACCGACAAGUCUUACUCCGUCCAAUACGCAUAUGUUCCAUUGCGGAAUAUCAAACCUUUUAACACAUGGCAAAUCUACCUCGAUGGCCAAGAGCGAGAUGAUAUCCAUCCAUCGGUUGAGAACGCCAUGACUGUUAUGUCUUCCUGGAGCGUGGUUCACAAAUUCCACAUCAUCGGCAAAUGGCCCAAUGCCAGGAUCCACUGCAAAGGGAUCUUUAUUGGAGCCGAGCUCCUUGCGGUACACGACACCGUCCGUCUGAGACCACAUGGAUUCCAUAACGACCAGCUCAAAGACGGAACAGUCGGCGAAGUGACAGACGUGAUGGUCAUUGAGAAAAUAUCACUCUGCCUUUCGGAGUGUGUCGAUGACGACGAGGAGCAGCUAGCAAACCACUUCACAGCCCUGAUCUCCGGUAAGAUGUUCACCACCAAUCCCAAUCGCAUUACCGAAGAAGGCCCAUUUAAGAGUACAAUCCCCGCACCAACCACCACCGAGACAGCAACCGAUCCUAUCCCACUCACCAGGGAAGAAGCAACCGCUACCUUCCGCCAGGUCGGAAUGAGCGACUACGGUCCCUGGUACCGUAUGGCCGACGGUAAACCCUGCAACGUCUCCCCCCACUGGAUCGUUGGUCGUUGCUACGAACCGCUCGCAGCAGAGCUCAUGUUCGGCACCCACACCCUGGGUUACGAUGUAUCCGGCGUGAUGGAAGGUCGUCAGUACUCAUCACAAGUCGAUGUGCGCAUGCCCGAAGGCCACACGUGGUUCUGGGGCGACUGCCGCGUGGAAACACUCGGACUGACAGAGAUCAACGGUGUCGAAUGUGGUCUUACGGCAGCACAGCGCCAAGACCCGCGCAAGUGGCAGGCGAUUAUCAAAAUGUCGCACGGCGAAGUCAGUCACGCUCUCCGAAAACAGGCUCAGAUCCCUUCUUCUGGUGGUCGACCCUUCAAACCUUCUUCUUCGUCUGCUCCAAAGGGUACCGGCUCACGACCGAAGACUGGUCUUGCGCACGUUGCGCAGACUAGUAAGCUGGUUAGCUCUGCUAUUGGCAGUGCGCCGGAGACUGAAGAUGACUCCUUUGAGGAUCAAUUUGAGGAUACCAAUGAAUUGGCUGAUGAUCCAGUGUCUGGUGGCAUUUCUAGGCUGGGCCUUCAGGGUGAUCGUUCUUCUGGGGAGGAUAGUGAUUAUCCUUUUGUGUAG